AUGGCACCACCGGUUACCAUCGUGCCGUCAUUGGAGACAGCCAAAGAUGUUGUCGAUCGAUACAAAGACUCGAGUUAUCCCCCGAACUUUCUCCCGAUCACUGCAUCGAUUCCUGCCGAUCUUUUGACCCCGACGUUGGCAUAUCUGAAAAUCGCGGAGAAGUCGAAAUUGUCCUUUCUCUACGAAAGCGCGGCAACUACCGAGACGAUUGGGAGAUACAGCUUUGUCGGUGCCGAUCCCUAUAAGGUUCUCAAAACCGGUCCCGGCCAUGGACCCGAAUGCGACCCCCUUCCCAUUCUGGAGAAGGAGCUCUCUGGAUUCCGCGUGGCGACAGUCCCCGGCUUGACUCUACCUCCCCUCACGGCCGGUGCGAUCGGCUAUGUUGGAUACGACUGCGUGCGCUACUUCGAGCCCAAGACGGCACGGCCGCUCAAGGACGUGCUCGAGAUCCCGGAGUCUUUGUUCAUGUUGUUCAAUACAAUUAUUGCUUUCGAUCACUUUUUCCAGGUCGUCAAGAUCAUUACAUAUAUUCCCAUCGCUAAGACGGGUGCGGAUCUCGAGACUGAAUACCACCGCGGUGAAGAAACCAUCCAGCACAUCAUCGAGACCCUGCUGCGGCCGGAGUAUCCCUUGCCUCCCCAGGGUCCCAUUGUACCAAACCAGGAGUAUACGUCCAAUAUCGGACAAGAGGGCUACGAGCGACAUGUGACGAGGCUGAAGGAGCACAUUUCCAAAGGAGAUAUUUUCCAGACGGUGCCGUCGCAACGGUUGUCGCGCCCCACCUCCCUACAUCCCUUCAACCUCUUCCGCCAUUUGCGCACCGUCAACCCGUCGCCAUACCUCUUCUACAUUGACUGCGAGGCAUUCCAGCUGGUGGGCGCCAGCCCCGAGCUGCUGGCCAAGGAGGAAAAAGGCCGGAUUAUCACCCACCCCAUUGCCGGGACCGUCAAGCGCGGCAAGACGGUCGAGGAAGACGAGCAGCUGGCGGACGAACUACGCGGAAGUCUAAAGGAUCGGGCCGAGCACGUUAUGUUGGUGGACCUAGCGCGCAACGAUGUGAACCGGGUGUGCGACCCAUCCACGACGCAGGUCGACCGGCUGAUGGUGGUAGAGAAGUUCUCGCAUGUGCAACAUCUGGUGUCGCAGGUGUCGGGGGUUCUGCGCCCUGACAAGACCCGGUUCGACGCGUUCCGGUCAAUCUUCCCGGCGGGGACGGUGUCGGGCGCUCCCAAGGUACGGGCGAUGCAGCUCAUCGCCGAGCUCGAGGGCGAAAAACGGGGAGUCUACGCGGGAGCCGUGGGCUACUUUGGGUAUAAUAUCUCCAGCGGAGAUGGCGGCGCGGAGAUUCCGGGGGCGAUGGACACCUGCAUUGCGCUGCGAACGAUGCUGGUCAAGGACGGAGUGGCAUAUCUUCAAGCCGGAGGGGGGAUUGUCUUCGAUUCGGACCCCUACGAUGAAUACGUGGAGACACUGAACAAGCUGGGAGCGAACAUCGCGUGCAUCAAAGGAGCAGAAGCGAAGUAUCUGAGCAUGGAACAGGAGAAAUGA